AUAGCUCUUCUCUAUCUUUGCCUUUGCGACAUGUGGAAGUUACUCUGGACAAUUCACGCUCAGCGUCGACUGUGUCAACAAAACCGAGAGCAAGCGGAAUAUUAAAGUGGACUUUGAAUAUCCAUUUAAGCUGCACCAAGAAUAUUUCGAUGCUCCAACAUGCCGAGGAGGUGGCAUAACCAAGAUUUUCUUAGUCGGGGAUUAUUCAUCUUCAGCGGAGUUUUUCGUCACAAUCGCAGUGUUCGCUUUCCUCUACUCGCUGGGGGCACUCAUCACCUACAUAUUCCUACAGAACAAGUACCGCGAGAACAACAAAGGGCCAAUGAUUGACUGCAUUGUGACAGCUGUCUUUACCUUCUUGUGGCUGGUGAGUUCCAGUGCAUGGGCCAAGGGUUUGUCUGACAUCAAGAUGGCCACAGAUCCCGAGCUGAUCAUCGAGCAGAUCCCGGCUUGUGAGAACCCCGAAAACAAGUGCCAGGAAGAGCGGGAUCCUGUCAUGUCGGGGCUGAACACCUCCGUGGCCUUCGGCUUCCUGAACUGCUUAAUCUGGCUGGGAAACAUCUGGUUUGUGUUUAAAGAGACAGGAUGGACAGCUCCAUUCAUGAAGUACCCACCACCAGCCCAGGAGAAGCAUCCAGCUCCUGAUUCCUAUGGGCAGGGGCAGGGGCAGGUGCAGGGCCAGGGCCAAGGCUAUGGUCAGCAGGACUCAUACGCACAACAAGGAGGUUACCAGCCUGACUACUAUGGCCAGCAGCCUGAAUACAACCAACAGGGGUACAGCCAAGGCGGGUAUAGCCAGCAAGGUGUCCCAACCUCGUUCUCCAACCAGAUGUGA